AUGACGACCGCUCAACGCACCGACGGCCUCCUGCCUCCUGGCACGGGCAAAGAUGCCCGCACCAUCUCCGCCGCCUCCUCUUACUCCACCAUCCGUCCCACCCAGUCCUACGCCCGCUCCGCCACUGGUCCACAGCCCGGCAGCUUUGCCUCUGAUCUUCGUAGUCUGCCCUUCUCUCGCGCCGCCGACCUCUCCCGCGCCGCCGACCUCUCCCGCACCGAUGUGAGCAGCUAUGGCGCGUACGACGCCAGCAAUGACCUCACCACCUCCGAGCAGCGCCAGGCCGACUACAGGAGUAAGAUUGAGAAGGAGAUGAAGAUGAAGGCGGGCACGGAGAAUCUGCUCGAGGCACUCACUCUAAAGAAAGAGAAGCAGGCACGCGAUCAGAGGCGCAUUGUCGAGGCGGAGCUGAACACGUCCAACCGCAAGAUUGCCCGCUUAAAGCUGGACCUCGAAGCGGAGAUUGAGCGAAGUAAAGAGCGGCCGACGAGUCCCCGAGCCAGACUGUCCCAAUUUUUCCGCUCUGCUCCCACCAGAUCGCCCGAUGGGCCGGGACAACAGCUAGGCCACGCAGAGGAAGAGUACGAUCCGGAGCUGGAAAGCCCUACCUACAUCUUCGCAGACAUCCUGCAGUCGCUGGAAGCCGAGGAGCUCGAUGCGGACUACUACAUCAAUCGCGCCAACGACCUCGUUGAGCUGUUUAAAAGGCACCCGACGCUCAAGUACGACUUGGCGUGGUCGAUUUUCGGCCUUCGCAUGCAAAUGCUGCUGCUCAGUGACUGUAGAGAGGUCGUGGCGGCCGCGUACAGAGUCAUGCGUUAUGCCAUUACCGAUCGCAAGUCCCUCGCGACCAUCCGAGCUCUGCAGACCGAUCAUCUCGUCGUCCUCUCAUUGGUGAAGGAAGGCAAAGCGCGCGUCGAACGCGAACAAGCAUUGAAGUUCAUCCGAGCCUUCUUGGAUGUGAAAGAUGGCUGCAGUGAGAUUCAUCCCUCAGUUGCACGCGUCGUUGUUGCCGUCGCCGAUCACUCCGACGAUACCCUCCGGAGCAUGGCUACGCUGACGUUGGCGGAAAUGCUGCUGAAAGAUCCGCAGCUCGUAAUCAACGCCGAUGGAGUUGGCGUGCUGGCGGAUGCCAUGGGCAGUGGCACAUAUCACGCUCCGGAAACCCUUCUUGCGCCUUUUGUGCAUCUCAUGGAUCUGCCCGCACGAAGGGCGAUGCUGGGCUCCGGCUACGAAUUCAGCGCGGCAUUUGCGACGUUCACCGAACCAUAUUCCUCCCAUUUUGAGGAGAAGCUGACAUCGAGCGCCAAAGUCAUCGCUGCCAUGUUCAAGUCGUGGCCCGGGCUGAUGACAUUGAGCUUGCACGACUUUUUGCCCGUUCGAUCGGUGGUGUCCUCCCUCUACAUUUCGAGCAUUCCCGUGAGGGCGGCAACGUUGGAUCUACUCAUCGACAUCUUGCGGGUGAAGUCGCCUUCUUGGUCGACGAGCUUCAUCGGAGGUCGAAGACUGACGACAUAUAACCGAGUUACAAACCUGAGGAUGCAGUCCAAGGACGCGAAACCCACCCAGUCCGAUGUUCUGGUCGACGAGCAUCAACGAAGUCUGGUCGAUCACUUCAUAGCUGUGGCUCUGGCUAUUCUACUUCGCCAAGGGCUGCUCAAGGGCCUCAUGCACGCCGAAAGCGAUGCACCGGACCAAGCUUUCCAGCGCAAGACGUCGUUAUUGAUCGCCGAAGUCUUGCGAUUGGCAUCCGAACUUCUGCCUAGCUCGUGGAGUCAAAGUCUGCAAUCCAUGCCUGGCCUGUUCAACAAUGCCAUCAAGUUUGAUGACGAAGACCGAUUCAAUGCUCUGGCUACGGUGUACCAAGUGGACAGCAUCAACCGAACAUUAUACCGAUCAAAUCCGGAACACGGCGGGGACAAGGAAGGCUCGCAAGGAAUUGAAGACGCCAGCGCAGCAUCCAGAGCGCGAGCCACCAGCAAGACACAAGUCAACGCGGCUAUGGACGAAGCCCUCUUCCGGCAGAAGAUGCUCGAUACGGGUGUUCUCAAUUCUGUCAACUAUCAAAAAUGGGACUGGCCACUGAUUCAAGACUUAAUUGAGGGGCCCAUGACCAACCCGCCUCGCUUCAACGACGCUCUCAAGAACGUCAAAUUCGUGCAUCGCCUGCUUGGCUUCCUGAGGCCGUUUAAGUUCCGGUUUUCAGAGGCGCCGAACACAAAGUCCAACCAGCGAUAUGUCCGCAUGGGUUGCAGCUUGCUAAAAUGCAUGCUGCAGCACAUGGAGGGGGUGGCGUAUUUGACGACGUCGAAGAUCAUUCCGCAGAUAGCAGAGUGCCUGGCUCAAUUCGAUCCCGUCAGCGGCAUCACCUCGAAGACGCCGCUCUUCUCGCCCCAGCGACUAUCUGAGACCCUUGUAAGCGGCUACUUCUCGAUGCUCGGUGUCAUGUGCUCGGACCAAAGAGGCAUCCACAUCUUGAUCAAGUGGAAGAUCAUCAACAUCUUCUAUCACAUUGUGGAGUUGAAGGACCGCGAUGAUCUCAUUCGCGCGAUGCUCACCAAUCUCGACUACACGCUCGACAGCCAUCCUCGAAUUAUCCUGUCAAAAACCAUGGUGUCUGGAUCCAAGCAGAUGAGGAUCACAGCGACUCGCCUGCUGCGUAAGUACGCCGUGCUGCCCAUCCAGACACAAACGAUCAUUGGCGGAGGUGCGGCGGAGUGGGCCAUACGCCUGCUAGUCGGGCAGUUGUACGACCCGGAGAUUGAGGUGUGUGAAGUGGCCAUCAAGAUCCUCGAGGAGGCGUGCAAUACCAUGACCAGUCUGGAAUAUGUGGUCAGAUGCCGCCCCGCGCUGGAUCAUCUCGGUGAGAUUGGUGCUCCGCUGCUCCUCCGCUUCCUGUCGACAUCCGUCGGCUACCAUUAUUUGGAUGGCCUCGAUUACAUUACCAAGGAAAUGGAUGACUGGUUCCUCGGCCGCAACGAUACCUACGUCACCCUCGUGGAGGCCUCGCUUGCGCGGGCACUGGCGGAUCUACCGGAGAAGACGCCAUCGGGCCUGGACGAACCAGUAGAGCCGCAAGAUUAUGGCACCGUGCCCCCUCACUUUUAUCGGGAGCUGACUCGCACGGCGGAAGGCUGCGAACUACUCAAGGUCAAGGGGCAUUUCGAGGAGUUUGCCGCCACCAUCCAAGACUUUGCCAGGGAAGACGAAGACCCCGAGACCAUCUUGAAGGUGAAGGGAUGUCUUUGGGCAGUUGGAAAUGUCGGAUCCAUGGAACUUGGCGCACCCUUCCUGGAACGAACGGACGUCGUGAAGUAUAUCGUGCAAAUCGCGGAGUCGUCACUCGUCAUGACACUCCGGGGCACCGCAUUCUACGUCCUCGGCCUGAUCUCUCGAAGUCUACACGGUCAAGAGAUUCUCGCGGAGUACGGAUGGGAUGGCACGACCAACGCCGUGGGGGAGAGCCUCGGCUACGUCCUCCCAUUGGACUUUGACAAACUCUUCUCCAUCCAGCCCUUCACGGCCGCACACCAGCGAGAAUCGGACGUCGCGCGGCUGCGCGUACGCACCGGCGCCACGUCCGCCAUCACCGAUGACGACCCGACCAAUGCGGGUAUUCUGAGUGGCAUCACCAAGCUUGGCAACACGGUGCUCACCAACAAGUCGCUGGCGGCGCUGGCCGCGUUCAAGCACCAAAAGGCGCCUGGGUUCCACUCGCCUGCGCUGUUCAAGAAGGUGAUGGCGCUGCUGGCAAGUUAUGCGUAUGGCAUCUCCCAGCGGCGAUACGUGAUUGAUCUGUUUGACAAGAGCGUCUUGCGCAAAAUCGUAUUGGAGGAUGAGGAGGAUAGUAGUGAGGACGAAGGGCGUUAA